UCAAUUAAAUACCAAGAAAUUGUUUUGUUACAUUUCUAUUGUAAACACUGCCAAACAUAGCGAACAAAAUAUACGAAAGAACGAUUAAGUCUGUGCGUCGAAUAAAGUUUGAUUGUUGCAACGGUGAACAGAAAAAAAUGCCAACGAUACGUUUUAGUCGACCAUUUGCUUCGGGAAGUCGACCGACCCCGGAUCCGUUUGAUAAAUUCCUCGAUUCAAAUGGCCUUUAUCGAAAGCAUACGCCACGCGAUUCGACGAAUUUGUUUCGUGUCGUCUCUGAGCAAUUGUACGAUACACAAGAUCAUUACAAACAGGUGCGCAAGGAUUGUGUGAAUUUUAUGAUAAAACAUCGUGAUCAAUAUGAAUUGCUGGUACAAGGUGAUUUCGAUGAAUAUGUACGUGAAAUGGCCAAUAAUGACACAUUCGGUACGCUGAUGGAAUUGCGAGCAAUGGGCUACUUGUUUAAACGCAACAUUAAAUUGUAUCGACCAUUCGAUUUGGGCAUUUGGUUCAUCGAAGAUCCCGAGUAUACCGAGCCAGCGUUGCAUGUAUUUCAUGGUUCUCACUUUGAUUCCAUCUUCAAAAAGUCAUACAUUAUCAAGGCGGCAUUCUGUCAAUCAAUUGUUUACGAAAUUCUUUACAAAAGAGUGUUCAGAUUACCCGAUAUCGAAUAUUCGGUGGAAACAAUGCUGCACAGCGAUAUAAUCCAUGAGCCGAGCUCACAUGAAUAUGAAAACGAUGAAUAUGCAACACACAUCAUUUUCGAGGAUGGUCGCCAAUUUCAACUGGAUCGACCUGAAAAUACGCUCUGUAUUCUGAAUGAUCCAAAACAAUGUCACUUCCACAAUAAAAAUUUCGAAGAGCUUAUGAAAUACCACUCAAAGCGAUAUGAAAAAUCAAAUUUAUCCGAUAAAUUUUGUUCGUGCGUUCGUCAACUGUUAUUUGAUGGAAUAACACCAUUCCCGUAUAAGGUUGCUAAGGCACUUGACGAGAAUAUUUAUCGAAACGUUGAGUUUGAUUCAUGGAAUGAAAUGCGCAAAUUGGCACGGUCCAAACAAAACGUAUCCUAUAAGGUUGGCAUUGAUUGCUUGGUUCGAUUAAACGAUAUCGAAGACGAACUGUUCAAAUGCCGCAUCAAAUCGAAAGGAUCGUCUUCCAAUACAUACGUGGUUUACAUUGAGCAAUUGGGUGAAAAGCGUUUGGUGCCAUUUACAAGUUUGCGUCCGUUAAACGAUAAGCGGUGUGAAAGUAUUAAAUCGCGCCAUCAUGAUCCGUGCGCAAAGCCAAUAUCGAAGAAAGCAAGCAUCGAAUAUGUGUCGCAGCAUCAGACACGCGACGCAUCAUUACACACACUCAAACGAGAAAAGUUUGACGAUUAUGUGUUUGAUUACGACGCCAUUUGCGAAAUAUCAAAGACGCUGGACCUCGACUCGUACAUAAAUUUGUCAAAUUUUCCAACGAACAAUCAACAAGAAAUCAUUGCAUAUCCAUUGGCAUAUUCACAAAAUCCAAAUAUGAAUACAAACAACGGUAGUAAUAGCAACAAUAAUAAUACGGUUGCUACAAAGAUGAAAAAUCGCAAUCAAAAUUCGAACAAUGCAAAGGUUUCUGAUUCCAAUGAAAAGCAACAGCAUCAGCAACAGCAACACCAAAUGUCAAAGGCGGAUGAUGAAAUUCCAUACACGAAAAAUGUUCACGACACCAAACAAGAAUCACAAAGCGGCUAUUAUUCACAUCAGGCACCUGAGCAACAUGUUGACACCGGCACACAACAACCAAUGUCAGGUUAUUAUUCACAAAGUUCGACACCGGUAUACUAUUGCUCAACAUCCGAAUACAAUGAACCGAAUCAAGUGUACCAAUCAGAGAUGGUGUUGCCACCACAUGGAAGUGUAUAUACGAUUCCCGCGUAUCAAGCACCACCAAUCCAACCAAAUUUAUACACGCCAAUCGCUGGAAACCAAAUGCCACAUUAUCCAGUUCAUGUUGGUAAUUGGCCGGCAUACAAUCAACCAAACAAUGCACAAGGCUAUGUUUUUUCGGGUCCACCAAUAUAUCCAAUGCCACCUAUUCCAACUACGGUUCCAUAUUUGCCGUUCCUUAGUCGUGGACUACUCCGAUCAAAUGGUCGCAUCAAUUUCAAUUCGACCUAUGCAUACGCACCGAAUGGAGAUGAUCUUCCAUUGAAUGACAAGGCAUCGCUGAAGUUUUACUACAAUCUUGGCGUGGAAUACUACAAAUUAUUGCAACAAGUCUAUGGUACCGGUCAAUUGAUGGCAAUGAUCGACGGUGAACCAUGUGUUGAGAAUAAUUUUGAUCAGCAAUCAAGCGAAAACGAAAGCCAACAAAAUCAGUUGGUUUCGGAUAUGCAGCAAAUGAACUUUGAAUCGAAUGACAACGAUGUCCAAACAUCGCCAUCUAAGAAUCCAAGAAUUUACAACGAGUAUUCAUACGGUCGUCGCGGUGCGAAUCCGAAGUAUAAACGAAACGAUAAUCGACCAAAUGCCGGAAAACAUUUUCAAGGAUCAUUUCAAGGUACAUUUGCUGGUCCAACGUCGAAAUCGUACUCAAAAAAUGGUCAAAAGUAUAUGAACAAUCAGCAAAGUGCAAGCAGCAGUUAUGAUGGUACUCCGGUAAAGGAAUUAAGUGGAAAAUCCCAUCACCAAGGUCACAAUAUGCAACCGAAACGCGAUCAAAUGAAGCCAGACAAUGAAAUGGCCAUGGGAAACAACGGUUUUGGUUCCAAUGUUCCACCGUAUCCGUUUCAUGAUCCAAACGAUCAACAUCUCGGACCACCUGGAAAUGUGUUCCCACGCAUGACUCCACCAUUUGACAGUAGACGUGCACCGCCGGCGAUUCAAACCAUUCCAGGAUAUCCUCAAGUACAUGGCAAUUAUUGGAUGCCAAAUCCACCACCAAACAUGCACAUGGUACAACCCCAGCCGCAACAACUGCAACAACAAUCGCAGCAGCAGCAGCAACAACAACAACCAUCAAGUCAAUCUUCGUUGAAUACAAGCGCUGGUUCUUCAAACCCAUCCCAAUAAACUUAUUAGGCAAAUUGAAAUCAAACUCAAUCAAAUUAGUUCAAUCCAAACGCAACAUGGUCAUGAACGCACUUAAUUGCAAAUAGCUAAUACUUCAAUGAUUAAGUUGCAUAGAUUACAAAAACUAUUAAUUACUUCUUUUUUAUUUAUACGCAAAGCGAUCAAUUCCAAAACAUACUAUUCGUACUCAUUCAAAUGUAGCUUAAUCAUAAAACACUACUAUUCAUAUCCUGAACGACUCGAAAAAUGCACUAUUUUGUUUUGAAAUGCUCCAAAUGUGAUCAGUCGGUGUCUUUGAGCGAUUCAUUUAUUUGCACACAAAAUCCAAUGGUGCAAAAUACGUACAGUAUAUUUCUUCACAGCCACAAAACAAUAGAGCCUUUUUGGAUGUUUUGAUAGCAUUUAUUUUUCGAUUAAAAGGAGGGUUCACUGGCAAACCGCAAUAUUUCGAAAUAUUCGGUAGAAGAGCUGAUAAAAUUAAAUGUUUAAUUGAAUUCAACUUUAAUUUAGAAGUGUAAUGGCCACGUUUAAAUUAGUUUACCAUAACAUAGUUGACACUUCACAGGCUUCAUUUGAUUUUUUCAUUAUUUUUUGCAUACAAAUAAAAUUACUACUUAAAAUUACUAUUGAAAAAAUAGUUAAAAAAAUAUUUUCGUAUAUUACGUUAUAUUAUAAAAUAAAAGGCGUGAAACAUUUUAGUAGCAUGCUAACGUUCAAAACUUAAUUAAA